AAAAGUGCAUUACAGGAUUAUGUUUUUUUCUUAGAAAUGAAUGAGGGGAUUUGAUUUUUUGUUUCAGCUCAAGCUAAAUAAUUCAUUAAUUCUUCGAAUUUGAACGCUUCUGAAUUAAAAUUUCAACGUUUUGUUGCUUUAUUUUGUUAUUUCAAACAAAAAAAGCAAGCCAACAUUUUCGAAAAUUUUAUAUCGGUGUACGGUAGUUUUCGAAUUCUUCAGUUUGCGGACUGAACAUUUAAGUUGACGAGCAAAAUAGUUUAUCGAAUUUCGCAACUAUUUCUUCCAAUUUAAACAAAAUUGUAAUCAAAAUCUAAAAAAUGUUCUUUGUGUCUUGAUUCUAAAUAUGUUAUUAAUUUGCAUAUCCUUAGUCAUUACGAGACGCCAAAAAUUCAGGCGUCAUAAAAAGAAGACACAUGUUUUUUCGGCUAGUGUUCUCGCCAAGAAAAAUAUUUCUAAUGAACACUCACAAAACACACAAUAAUCAUUUUGUUUUCUUUUCUCAUAGAAGAUAAUGCUUAACCACAAGCAUACAAUUUUCGUCACAAGCACUAGUUUGUUAAUCUGUUUUAUUGCAAAUUUCAUUCUGAUCUACAUCAGUUUAUUCCAUAGCAAACAGAUUCAAGGAACCUAUAAAAUAAUGGUCGUGAUGUUUUCAACGUUGGGAUUCUUGUUCUCCGUUUCAGAAUUUAUCGCAAGGCCUUUUUCUCACAAUUAUAACAGAGCAUUAAUUUUAUUUAGUAUUAAUGAUUGGAUUCCUUCAAACAACUUUCUAGAAAUUGCGAUUCCCAUUUGGAUGACAUUUUAUCUUCUGAUAAUUUCAUUCAUAGGAAUUCAAUUUGUAUAUCGGUACCUAUGUCUCUUCCAUUCUACAAAAAUAAGGUAUUUCGACGGAUCUGGCAAAGUACUUUGGAUUUCUUAUUUAAUGAUUCCUGCGAUAUGCUACUGUGUCGCAUUUUAUCAACUUCUGAGACCAAAUGAUGAUUCCGAUGAGUACCUGAGAAACAUUAUUCGAGAAAACUAUGAUCUUGAAAUUUCUACAGUUGCCCGAUACAUCUUAAUUCCUUAUAGUGAUACCAAUACGCUACAAUGGAAAACUCUAUCCCUUUUCAUAGCAGCAGGAACUAUUAUGAUUAUUCAAUAUUUUAUUGUAAUAUUUUUCGGGGUCAAAUUGCACCUGAGAAUGAAGGAGAAGCUGAGGCAAUUCUCUGCGUGCCAGGUGAAAUUCCAAUCGCAAAUAUUCAAAGCUCUCGUUACUCAAACCGUUGGUCCCACCUUAUUCCUGGUUUUGCCAUCUGCUCCGUUCUUUCUGGCAACUCUAUUAUCACCUUAUAUUGACAUGGAGAUUAACUGGCAAACUGGAUGGCUAUAUUCUUUUAUUGGACUCUAUCCAAUAUUUGAUAGUAUCGCAUUCAUAUUAAUUGUUUCCGAGUACCGAAAAUAUGUUAGAAGUAAAUUAUUCUGCAAGACUAACAAGUAUCCUCGAGAGUUUGGCAGCAGGAUUUCAAUUCGCGCAGUUCAAUUUAUAAAUACUGCAACUGUUUCAGAGACGUAAUAAAAUAUUAUACAUAGGAUGAAAAAUUAAUAAAUUUUUAAUUGCAA